GUGUUUCUGAUGAGCCAAUCAGCCGUCAGAGGUCUCUGCAGCUUCUCUGUUCAGUCCUCAGCAGACAUCCACAGCCAUGGAGCUUCUUCCUCUCCUUUAUCUCCUCCUGAGCUGCUCUGCAGGAACGUCUGCUGAUCAAAACGAGCCAGAGGUCAUCCGCAUGGUCGUGAAAGAAGGGAGCGAAGCCAUUUUACCGUGUUCCCUCGGCACGACGAACAUUAAGGGAGAGCUCUUUGACUGGAAGAAAGAUGAAAAGAAGGAAGUGUUCUUGUACGAUAAGGGCAACCAUUACAACAACGGCCGAGUGGGUCAAGAUGAGCUGUUCAAAGGACGAGUCUUUCAUUUUCAGGAGCAGCUGCAGUUCGGUAACGCCUCCAUAGUCAUCAGAAACACCAAGGUGACUGACAGCGGAAGCUACACCUGUGAUUUUCCACUUCCUCAGAGAAAAAGACAAUCCCGCAUUGCGCUCGUUGUUGGUGAGUGCUGCUGUGACACUGUUAUAAAGACGCCGGCUCAUUUACAGACGCGACUGGUUCAAAUGCUCCAGAUGGGCUCAAGUCAAACUGACAUCAAGUAGUCAGAAUAACCGAGGUGGAGGGGGGCUGCAGAUUAGCUCCAGCUAGA